GGGACACCGGAGUGACAUGUCACCGGCUAACAGCUGCACUCUACAGGGAUGGAAGAGGGGGUGUUGACCGCAGCAGCCGGACUGUGACCACCACACCGACAGAUUGGUGACAAAAUGAUCUGUGCGCUGGUUUAACGUUAAGGUUUUGUGCUCCUCAGGUGGAAGCACUCUCUCUUAACACUUUCUGUAAACCUCCUGUGCAGUCGCUUGGUGCAUAUUAGUGAGACCAAACCUGGCCCAGCCCGCUGCAGCCAUGAUGUCCAAGUCCGCCCUCCUGAAGGUGAUCCUCCUCGGUGAUGGUGGUGUCGGCAAAUCAUCGCUCAUGAACCGCUACGUCACCAACAAGUUUGACUCGCACCUCUUCCACACCAUCGGCGUGGAGUUCCUCAACAAAGAGCUGGAGGUUGACGGCCACCACGUCACUCUGCAGAUCUGGGACACAGCGGGUCAGGAGCGUUUCCGCAGCCUCCGCACACCUUUCUACCGCGGCUCUGACUGCUGCCUGCUCACCUUCAGCGUGGACGACGGGCAGAGCUUCAGCAACCUGGUCAACUGGAAGAAGGAGUUCACUUAUUACGCAGACGUUAAGGAUCCGGACAACUUCCCUUUCGUGGUGCUGGGCAACAAACUCGAUGUGCCGGAGCGGCAGGUGUCAGGGGAGGACGUACGGCAGUGGUGCCGCGAGAACGGCGGCCACCCCUACUUUGAGACAAGCGCCAAGGAUGCUACAAAUGUUGCAUCAGCUUUUGAAGAGGCGGUACGUCGCAUUCUGGCGUUGGACGACAGAGCUGAUCAUCUGAUUAACACCAACACAGUGGACCUGCAGAAGAAGAGUCAGCCUGACCCCACCUGCUGCUGAGCUGGAGGCGGCUCACAGCUCAUGUGAUGCGUCUGCAGCUGCCGCAGACGAGCAGUACCGUGUAUGUCCACAAGACAGCGCCCACGCAUAAGAAGUUUGUGGCUCCACAGUAACACUGAAACUGUUUUGCAACAUUUGGGCAGAGCUGAGCUCAACCCACGUUUCAUCCUCAACAAAGAAGACCAAGUGAUUUCAAUGACAAUCAGGAGAGGCCAUGAACGCAGCAGAGCAGCAGAGCAGCAGCUUCAGUCCUCCAUCAGCGUCCUCAUGCAUUCAGAAAGGACCCUUUGUUUGGCUCCGAGGAUGCUGAUUGGCCGAGUGCAAGACACCACAAUCCAAUGAGAACUCAAGCAAGAUCCGGCCUCUUAAUCUGUGGUGGUGGUGAUGAUGACCCAGUUUCGCCCCCCUCCUCCUUCCACCCCACCCUCAGCCGGCGGUCGCCAAGGAGACGCUUCCCUCUUAACCCUGAGCAGAACUGCCGGAUGCUGACAAAGGGGGAAACAAAUGCUCAUGUUCUAAAUAUUGAGAAGGACUUCCCCCUUUGAAAUCUACGCCUGUGUGGACGCCAACCCUCGACUGGAACCACCUACAGAACUAAAAACAAGCUGACGUCAACUCAAGACGGAUUCCUCUCCUUGGUCGUCGGCUCCAGGCCUCUGGUGAAGCUGCUAAGAAUGUGGAGAUGGACGUGUGUGACAAACCAUGAGGGUCAAAGGUGAAGUUCAGUCUCUUCACAUCCGUGGAGGAGGGGUGGUGCAGAGCAGAAGAGUUCGGCAGAGCGUUUGAGUGCUGUGAGACAUGUUUGACUGUAUAUCUGGGUCAUGCUUUGGCUCGAGGCUUCAAAGCUUUCAGAGGAAAUGCAAAAAGACAGAUGUGCCUUUUCAAAACACAUUUCCUCCUCUGAUGUUUGAAUGGCUGAGCUAAAGAUAUGUCAAAUACCAUGGCUCGUGAGAGACAGUAUUCUGCAUGUAACGUCAGGUGAAUACAUCAGCUGCAGCGUGACACAAGGUGAAGACUGGAAACGGCAGCUGCACAGCUGGGACGUCCUGUGUGAAGCGUCAGUCAAAGCCAAUCAUGACGGCUGAAAUGGAGCUCGGGACCACUGAUGACAGCCAGGACCUGGCCCUGUUCUGGGAGGAGAUCCCCACAGUGCAGAGACUGAAGUGUCACGUCAUGCAGGAUAUAAAGCCUCUCCUCAGACUGACCACCAGCAACUAUAACACACCAGCGAUCACCAGCGAUCAUCAAAGGAUUCAUGCAGCGCUCGUGCAGGUGCUGUCCAGCAGCAGUCGCCUGGAGCAGAAGUUGGAUCACUGCCUCUGGACCCAGAAGGUUUUCAGUGUGCUGGUGACGGGUCUGAUAGCUCUGUGGGGUUUCACUCUGUACAUCCACUAUUCAGCGGGCUAUUUUCACUCGACCACGGCUAAAACCUGAUGCACUGGUGCUCACAAUAUUCAUUUCAAAUGAAACUUUACUGUCAGCUAGUCAAAUGUUUGUCAUAUUUUGUGGCCUGUUCAGCAGUUUCCAUCACAUCUGUGCCUGUGAAUAUCUUGUGUUAAAGUUUGUCUCAUGUUUUUAAAAGUGCUCUGCAACAUAAAUUCAUGACACCUGGUUAGUUAACAUGUUUUGAAUUUGUGAUGUUAUGCUUGGAAAUUUUAUUUUGGUGUCUUAACCAUCCAUCCCAGCUCUGCCCAUGUUGAUAUUUUUUCAUGUUGUAGACGUUUUUAUUUUAUUCCAGGGUCCAGCAAAAGCUAAUUUCAUUACUGUUACAACCUAUGGCUCCGCCCCUGUACAGUGCCCGGUCAAAAUAUCAGCCAUUUCCUCAAACAUUUCCUAAAUUUGAAGCUUCAGCAUCAAAGCUGAGAAUCAAAAAUCUCUGCCUGGGUUAUAGUCAGUCUUUUUGUUAAGUGCUCAGGUUGGUCUUUUUUCUAUAAAGCUUCUGCAUAAAUAGCUGCAAUUAGAGAAAUUAGACAUUAAAUCAAAUUUCACCCACAGGGAGUCUUAACUUGAAAACUUAGAAAGUCUUACUUCCUUUUUAGGGCACGUCAUCAUUAGCUCAUAGGCCCAUAAGAUAUUUAAGGUGUUCUGAGGUUUACGGGGUACGUGCAGUUCGUUUUCCUGUCUUCAGCAGAGUUUACUGUAUACUGACAGCUUUCAGUGAUUAUGGCUCAAUGGAAACUUUGGCUUGUUCAUCUGCUGCCACUGUGUUUGUGUUCUGACAUUGAAGGUACAGUACAAGACAUUUUCAUUACAUUUGGUGAAAGUUAUGAAAGGCGUAGUUUAGAAGAGUUUAUCCGACUUAUGUAUCCUUCUGCUUCUAUUGCAGUUAGACACGAAAAAUGUGAUCGGUCAUGUACAGUUUCACAGUGUUGUUUUUUAUUCAGUCAUUAAAGAUAAUGCACCAUCA